AUGGAGCCACCCACCUCAAAUUCACACAUUAUCCCGCUCGGCCCCAUGCCCCAGCAAGCCGGCAUUUGGGCGCUCGACGAUGAUUGGACUGGGAUCACAAAUCGAGAGGAGCGACGGAAGUUGCAGAAUCGACUGAAUCAGAGAGCUUAUCAGAUUCCUCCAGCAGAAGAUGAGGAAGAAUUCAAAUGCGCCCACGCCCCACCCAAUGCCCUCAGCUUCCUUCAAUGGUUCGAAGCAACAGCCUACCAGAGCUAUUUACAAGGCACCCCGAAAAGAGACCACUUGAUCAGCCUCAGCCGGCUCAACGUUCAUCGCGCAAUCAACCAGAAUAUAAUAGCAGUUGGCAUGAACUCCAGAUGGAUGAAAAGUGACGACUCGAUCUCCAUAUUCAACCUCACGCAGCCUGGAUUCACAGAAGAUGGCAUCCCGCUCAACUUACGCCCUACUGCCAUCCAGCGAAGGGUCCCGCAUCAUCCGUGGCUGGACUUCUUCCCAUUUCCGCGCAUGCGAGAUUGUCUGAUUCUUGCUGCGGACUCGUUUGAUGAUGAUGAGUUGUGCCAUGAUCUUAUGGCCUUUUGGGAUACAAGGAAUACAGGUGCGACAUUGCUUGUAUGGGGCGAGCCGUGGGAUUCCCACAACUGGGAGGCUACGGAGGAGUUUGUGAGGAAAUGGGGAUGGCUACUUAAAGGUUCGUCUGAGCUAUUGGCUUCGACUGAUUUUUGGAGGAGGAGCAGAGGUGAAAAGCCACUGGUUUGGAGGGAUUUUCUGCAGCUACAGUAG